GUCGCUGUGACGCCAUCCACCUGCGACCGCGCGUGUACAGAGGUUCCGGCGGGUGGCUCCUCUCCGGCUUGAAACCUUAGAGCGGCUUCUUCUCGUCUGCGGCUUCUGACCUGCGAGCAAAGGAAAAAGCAACGAGAUGACAGACCGCUACACCAUCCACAGCCAGUUAGAGCAUCUGCAGUCCAAAUACAUCGGCACCGGCCACGCCGACACCACCAAAUGGGAGUGGCUGGUGAACCAGCACCGCGACUCCUAUUGCUCCUACAUGGGCCACUUCGACCUUCUCAACUACUUCGCCAUUGCCGAGAAUGAGAGCAAAGCGCGAGUCCGCUUCAACUUGAUGGAGAAGAUGCUGCAGCCUUGCGGCCCGCCCGCCGACAAACCGGAGGAGAACUGAGACCUCACCGUCUCACCGCUAGGUCCUUACCCGGGGCGUUCCGUCCGACCUGCCUUCCUGUGGAACAAAGAGUUGGGAGACCCGUCAUAACCCCUGAGAAACUGAACAGUGGAGAGAUUCUAAAGUCUGCAAACGUUAGAGGAGAUAUGGCUGGAGUGAGAUGGGAUUAAGAGGCUCGUUUUUGGCUAGUUGACUGUCUUCGUUGCUUUUUCUAUAAAGUUUAGAAAUGUU